AGCAGUGGGAAACAGAAACACUAUGGCUGCCACUCUGUCUCUUACUCAGCUCUCCAGUGGAAAUCCCAUCUAUGACAAAUACUAUCGGCAGGUUGAUCCGACGGGCAGUGGGCGGGUGGCGGCAGCCGAUGCAGCUCUGUUCCUGAAGAGGUCGGGCUUGGCUGACUUGGUCCUGGGGAAGAUCUGGGAUUUGGCAGACUCUGAACGUAAAGGUGCUCUUAACAAGCAGCAGUUCUUCAUAGCUUUGCGGUUGGUGGCCUGUGCUCAAAAUGGCCUGGAGGUGGCACUCAAGAGCCUUCAUCUGGCUGUUCCUCCCCCAAAAUUUCACGACACAAGCAGCCCGCUUUUAGCAGGGGUGCCCGUCGACAUUCCCUGGGUCGUCAAGCCUGAGGAGAAGAUGAAGUUUGACUCCAUCUUUGACAGUCUGGGUCCAGUAGGAGGGAUUCUAACAGGAGACAAGGUCAAGCCGGUCCUGCUCAACUCCAAACUGCCAGUGGACAUCCUCGGCAGGGUGUGGGAGCUCAGUGACAUCGACAGAGAUGGCAUGUUGGACAGAGAUGAAUUUUCUGUGGCCAUGUAUCUGGUGUACAGAGCUCUGGAGGGGGAGCCUGUUCCCAUGUCCCUACCACCUCCCCUGGUUCCACCCUCCAAGAGGAAAAAACCCUCGGUGCCUCCUGUGAUGCCCCUGUUACCCUCGCCCCCCUCAAUCAAAGACAGUCGCUCCUCCCACGCUGGCUCUAAGACCAUGCCCCACCCCCCUAAACCCGCCCCAGCUCCUGCCCCAACACCAGCAGCUGCCCCUUGGGUGGUGUCGCCAGCAGACAAAGCAAAGUACGAUGAGCUAUUCAGCAAGACAGACAGUGACAUGGACGGCCUCGUGUCUGGACCUGAAGUCAGAGACAUCUUCCUCAAGACUGGGCUGCCCUCUGCCACCCUUGCACGUAUCUGGGAGCUGUGUGACAUUGGAGACAUCGGGAAACUGACCCGAGAGCAGUUUGCCCUGGCGCUUCAUCUAAUCAAUCAGAAGCUGACUAAAGGCCUGGAACCUCCGCAGAGCCUCUCCCCGGAGAUGAUCCCUCCAUCCGACAGACAGAACAUCAAACAGAACAACGUGGCUAACCUGGCAGCCGACUUCUCCGCUAUCAAGGAGCUGGACUCUCUCAGUAAUGAGAUUGUCGAACUACAAAGGGAGAAGAGCACUGUGGAAGAGGAGAUCAAGGAGAAGGAGGAGGCCAUCAGACAGCGCAGCAGUGAGGUGCAGGACUUACAGGAUGAGGUGGCGAGGGAGAGCGAGGUGCUGCAGCGGCUCCAGGCUCAGCGUCAGAAGGUCCAGGACGCCUUGGAGGAGCUGGACCAACAGAAGGCCUCCCUGGAGGAGCAGCUGAAUCAUAUUCGCCAGCAGACAAACCAAGAGACCCAUCUGAUUUCAUCCCUGCAGUCAGAGCAUGAGGAGCAGGAACAGAAGAUAAGUCAGUUUGAAGAGGAGCUGGUCCAGGCCCGAGAAGAGCUCCUCGCUCUGCAGGAGGAGAGCAGGAGGCUGCAGGAGAAGGUGCAGGCCGCUCAGGAGCAGCUCACACCUCUGCAGGAGUCUGUCCGUGACUCCUUUACACAAGUUGCACAGGUUCAGCAGAAACUGAAUGACCUCCAGGUGGAGGAGAGGUCAGUCACUGCCCAGCUCAGCUGGAAGAGAGCCCUCGAGGACAGCUCCCCCGUCAUGGUCAACGGAUCAACAGGCCCUGCAGAGCUGCACCAGGGGGACCCCUUCCAGCAGGACCUUUUCCAGGAGGACCAGCCUAAAGAACUAAAGGAGGAAGAACCAGCUGCUGUCUGCAAUCAGCAGAAAGAACAUUCAGAUCAAAAAGAGAAAGAAGCAGUGAACGAGCAAGAAGAGGAGGAGGAGAAGGAGGAAGAGAGUCCAAAGACUCCAGAGGAGGAAAAGUUGAAACUUGACCCCUUGGAUGAUCUCUAUAACAGUUUGGCCUCUUCUGAGAUGUACAAUAACCUGGCGACCCUCAUGAAGCCACAAGAGAACGCGGAACAAAGCAGCCCUACGCCAGACGUCUCCUCGGAAAUUAUAGAUGAUGCAGAGGAAUCACCUAAAGAGAGCCCACCAAAGCAGGUCUCAUCACCAGAGCCAGAGAGCAAACAGGAGCCAGCAGAGUCCCCAGAAAGCAACGCAUCCUCGUUACCACCUCAAGUUGGCCCUCGCUCGAUGCCACCUCAGACCAGCCCUCCCUCUCUGCCUGAGAUGGACUUCUUCCAUUCGGACCCCUUUACUGACCACGAUCCAUUCAAAGAUGAUCCAUUUGGAAAAGCAGAUGCUGCAGAUCCAUUUGGAGGAGAUCCGUUCAAAGGGUCGGACCCCUUUGCUGCAGACGCUUUCUUCCAGCCCUCCAGCGCCACCUUUACCCCUGACGACCCUUUCUCUGCCUCAGCCGACCCGUUUGGUACCACCGCUGGUGCGCCUGAACCAGACCUGUUUGCAGCCAAGCCAAAUGACACAGCAGCUGCACCAGCAGCAUGUCCAGAUCCUUUCACCUCCAAACCCACCAACCCAGCGUCAGCAGCCAAGGAUCCAUUCAGCUCCUCAGGGAACAAUAUGGCCGACUCUGACCUGUUUGGAGGAAAGGUGAACGCCAUUGGGGAGGCGGAUCCAUUUGGUUCUCAGGAUGGAGGGACAGAUCCCUUCAGCAGCUCUCCUGUCAGCUCUGAUCUGGCUGUGAAGGACACGGCAGCAACAAAUGACCCGUUCGCUCCUGGUGGUACGACAGUGAAUGCAAGCUCAGAUCCAGAUCCGUUUGCUGCUGUGUUUGGUAAUGAAUCAUUCGGAGGGGGCUUUGCAGAUUUCAGUGCUUUGACGAAGUCAAAUGGUGCUGACCAGUUUGGCAUCAACAAUAAGAACCUGUUCCAGGAAGACAGCCAGUCUGCCGGCCCAGAUGUGCCCCCAGCACUGCCCCCAAAAACGGGUACGCCAACUAGACCACCUCCUCCACCUCCAGGUAAGAGAUCGUCCAUCUCCAGAACAGAGUCCUCUGACUCCUUUCAGCGACGAGGACCCUUCCUCCAGCAGCCCUCAGGAGACUUCUCCUCCUCUUCCCUGCCUGCCAAGGAUCCUUUAGCCGACCCCUUCGCCCCUUCCUCCCCUCCUCGUCACAACGUACGGGAAGCUGACCGAUUUGCCAGCUUUGACAAAUAUCCAACAGAGGAAGACAUGAUAGAGUGGGCAAAGCGCGAGAGCGAGCGAGAGGAAAAGGAGCGACUUGCCAGGCUCACCCAGCAGGAACAAGAGGACCUGGAGCUGGCCAUCGCACUCAGCAAGUCUGAACUCUCCUGAGGAGCUUGUCUCCCCUUCCUCCUCCCCUCCUCCCCCUCUUCCUCCACUGACCUGGCUUGGCACGGCACAGCACAGCCUGGCCCAGCCCAGAAAGCACCAAAGCAAAGUGGGGACUGUAUAGGACUGAUUCAGCAGCACCUGCUGACCCCAUGAAGAGACUUUCUCAGAAUAAACCCACCUCUGAAUCUUUCUUCUCCCCAGACUGUGUUCACCGUUCACUGGCAUUGCAGUAUUGUGUUUUAUUUUUUCCCCAUCCUGUUGGUCUUGUUUUUGGAGGAGAGGACCAAGAUGGAGUGUAUGUUCUGAAGAAUGGAUUGUUGAAAAUGAAAUGCGGUGAAUAUGGAUUUAGAGAUUGCUCUGCUGAGUUCAACACCAGGCUACAAGCGCCACGUUAACUCUCCAGAAUGUAAUUUAUUUAAUGCACUCAAAACUAGAUCAAAAUGGCCUUUGUCAAAAGCCCUGUCUUUAUCCACUAACGCUUUACUUAAUUAAUACUCGGCUCACUCUAGCUUCUAAAGUUAUGUUGAGAAUUUCAUGAGAUUUCUUUAAUUAGAAAUAGACUUGCUAAUUUUGUAGAGCCCAAAAAAUCCCCUAAUUUCCUUCAAGCUCUUGUUUAAUGUUCUGAAACUAAAUCUUGAACUGUGUAGAUUCGAGAUAGUAAGGUGGGAAAAAAGAGUGUUUUUUGAGGCACGGUAACAAAAUUUAAGAGUGCAGUCAGUCUUUUUGAAAUGGAGUGACCAUGUACUUUUCUAAUCCCGCAGAAGGCCUAUGAGAUUUUUAUGAGUAUUUGUUUAGGACAGGGUGACAAAAUUCAACAUUUCUACUUGUCUAACUGGAAGUUACCAGUCCUCUAAUAUGUGAAACGCAUGUGCAAAUUUAUAGUAAAUUUCAACAUCACAGCUUCCACAUUCAGCUUCUAGAUACUUUAGUUUCUUUUAAAUGUUUGUAAUGCAUUACUUUGUCCGGCAUCUGUUCUGUCAAAGUUGAUUUUUUGGGAGAUACUGAAAGGAAUGAAACUACAACUUUUUCAUGUCAUGAUGACAUAAUAAUUAGCAUUACAUUUCAGGGCACACUACAAGGGGAUUGCACAACACAAGAACUGCUUUUGACAAAUAUUUGAUAGAGUCAGACACCAAAUACUCUACAUUAUUUUAAUUAGUAUGAAACACUCAGUCCUUGAUGUUUAAUUAUUAAUGUUUUUGCUGAAAUUUGAUGGCAAAACUGUUGAGGCUGGACAUUAGCAUUCAAACAUAAGUGUAUAAAAUAGAAACUGGGUUGUUGUGAUGAAUGUAUGUGUGGAAACAACUGAUUUAUACCAACUUUACCCACCCUAAUUACUCAUAAGAUACAUGAAUAAUGUUGAAGGGACACCCCAAAAUCAGAAAUACAUAUUUUUCCUCUUACCUGUAGUGCUAUUUAUCAGUCUAGAUUGUUUUAGUGUGAGUUGCAGAGUGUUGGAGGUAUCAGCCGUAGAGAUGUCUGCACUGUCAGCAACAAUGUCUCUUUGCAGGAAUCAUGACACGGUUACUAAAGAUAAUUCACAGACCUUGUUGUGAGCAGUUUCAUGUAGAAAGAAUGUCUUUCUACCAAACUACAAACACCAACCAUAUCACCACAGAGAAGGAAGAGUGCAUCUACACAUGGAUGAGAGGCUCAUACCAGGCCAUUCACCAUCAUGUGAUGCCCUGUGGCCCAAAAAGACCUUUUACCGUAGACUUGCACGGCAAAAGAGAUGUCUGUAAAUCAAUGGAUACAUUGUGAGCAGUUUCAUGUAGGGACGUUUUUCUUCCUACCAAACUACACCCACCAACUGUAUCACCACGCAGAAGAAAGUGUGCAUCUACUCAUGGAGGAGAGGUCUUGUGACAGCACGAGAUGUAAAUCGUAAUGGUGUCUAAGCUGUAACACCAACUAGCUCAGUGGUGCUAGGUGAGUUAAGCGGGAUUUAUACUUGUGUGGCAGACCCUACAGUGCGUAGCUUACGCAUGUCGCCUUCGCCGUUGUGAGCAUUUUACUUGUGCGAUGUUGUGUCUGUGUCACUCUGCUCCACACCUCCAAAACACUAGUCAGUGGUGGAGUUUCUGUGACGUGCUGUAAAGUUCAAUUGAUAUAAAACACACCCAAAACACACAUUAAACCUGGCUUAAUAGAGACAGUGUCAACCAUACUACACCCACCAAAUGUAUCGCUGUGCAGAAGGAAGAGUGCAUCUACUCAUGGACAAGAGGCUCAUGACUGUGUGAGAUGUAAACGUUAAUGGCGUCUCCCCCGGCUGCGCUGUAACCUUAGCUAGCUCAGUGAUGCUAGGUGAGCUAGCAGUAGAUGCACUCUUCCUUCUGCACAGUGAUUUGGUUGGUGGGUGUAGUUUGGUAGAAAGAAAAUAGUUCCUAAAUGAAACUGCUCACACUAUGGAUUAUUUUGAGUAACCAGGUCAUGAUGUCUGGAAAGAGGCAUUGAUGUUGAACUUUUCAAAUGUUUUUUUUUUUUUUUUUGGCACUUU